AUAUUUGUUAUAUGAUAAAUUUCAGCCUUACUAUUUUUUAUUUAUUUUUUUAAAAAAUGCAUAGGGACGUCGUCUAGGUCAUUCGCUAAGGCGAUUGUAAUGUGGAAGAAAGAAACUAUUUUGAAGAGAGCCAUGGAAGAGAGGAAACAUACAGUUGCUGAUUCUCAUGGACAAUUGUUGAUUGAUGUUGAGUAUGAAGCACUGGUUCCUAAUGAGGAGAAAACAACACUACAAAUCAUAAGGGGCAACCUUAAUUUAAAAAGAAUUUUGGCCCUGGUUCUUCUGUGGACUUGCUUUUUGCUUCUUCAAGUCAUCAAGUAUGGUGCAACAUCUUGUAGCACAUUGUACUGGGUGCUCAACUUGCUACAGUUACCGGCAGCUCUUGCGGUUUUCGGUUACGAAUGCGUAAAACUGUAUAAGGAAAGCAAGAAAAGGAAGAUAGCUAGAAACACAGAACAAAUAUGUGAGGCAUCAAUAGAAUGGACAUGUAAAAAUAUCGCUUUUUGUGCCACUUGCGGCCUCGUUGGCGGCACAGUUGGCGGCUUGUUAGGCUCCGGUGGUGGCUUCAUUCUCGGUCCCCUUCUUCUCGAAAUUGGAGUCAUCCCUCAGGUAGCUAGUGCAACAGCAACAUUUGUGAUGAUGUUCUCCUCAUCUUUAUCAGUUGUGGAAUUUUAUCUCCUCAAGAGAUUCCCAAUACCCUAUGCUUUAUACCUAAUGUUGGUGUCAAUAAUGGCUGGUUUCUGGGGGCAAUUUGUUGUAAGAAAGCUAAUCACAAUACUAAAGAGGGCAUCACUCAUUGUAUUUAUCCUCUCCGCUGUCAUUUUCGCUAGUGCUUUGAUUAUGGGUAUUGAGGGAAUGGAGACAAGCAUGAAGAUGAUAAAGAAUCAUGAAUUCAUGGGGUUCUUGGAUUUUUGCAGCAGCCAAUGAAAAUGGAAGUAGAAUAUGGAAUAUAUAUUAUUUUUUUUUUAUUUUUUUUGAAAACGAAUAUAUAUUAGUUUCGUACUACUGUUUGUUUAAAUUUAUAUACCGUAAUCGUUUUUAGCUGAAUAUAAUAUAUAUUUAUCGGAUGCUAUAUUAAUUUGGUGAAAAAACAUUCUAGAAUUAUGUUGAUUGAGGAAGAGUUUAAGAUCUAACGGUGGAGAUCGAUAUGAAGCAAUUAUAUAUAACAUUUGUGAUUGAAGGAAAAUGAGGAGCUCGCAAGUUAGUUGUAACUAACACUUCAUGCAUGCGAUCGCACGGUUACUCGAUGUUUAUUCUUGAUCAAUAAAAGGGGUUCGUGAAUCGUUGGUGGAUGCAGGCUCAACCUUGAGUCGAACCACAUUACAUCGUUGUACAAUUAGUGGUUUGAUUUCCGAGUUUGAAAUACUCACAAUAGAUC